GAGACGAGGUUUGAGAUUUUUCAUCGAGCUGCAAUGCCGCAUCUGAAGAUCAGUACAGUUAUUGUCAUACUGUUAAUCUUAACAGCAUAUUAUAUGACACUAUUACUUCUGUGGUCAUUGGAAAGACAGCCAGUUACAAUUAAAAUUUCGAAUACUCAAUUGCUGGAAAAUCGACAGGACGUAGGGCAUACCUUCCAGGAAGAAAUAAAAUCCGGAGUGAACAGUUUGCAUGAAGAAGGAUUGAAAAAUGAUACAUCAAUUGACUUUUGUCAAAUCCUGGAACACGAUUUAGACUGGAAGAUGUCUUCAUUAGAACCAUUAGUUACUUUGGAUCCAAAUCGAUUUAUGUAUACAGCCAUAAUAAACGGACCAAGUAAUGAAUUGAUGGGAUUGCAAGAGGCAAUAUUUGUUGCCAUAAAAACCAACAGAACGCUUGUUGUACCGCCGUUCAAACCUCAUUUCAAAGACAAAGACCGUGGAACCGCGGGACUUGUGCCUACUGGAAUGAGAGUCGACGUUCAAAUGAUUUCACGAUUGAUUUCUGUUGCUACUAUAAAAGAUAUGAAACGAAAAUGUGAUUCACGAUUUGAUAUUGGAUUCCAGACAAAGAAAGUUGCGUGCGGAUUUGAGAGAUAUGUUAAUAAAACAUGUGGAAUGUUACUGGAGUCACGCUAUUCAAGCCUCAUCAAAAAAGAUCGAGAAUAUGAGACAAUUCGAUACAGAAAGAGCAAAAACUGUACAACAACUGUAUCACUACCCAUCCGACGUAUUCCAGUAUCCGGAAUGCACCCGGAUAUGGUUAGGACCAAGUAUAUGUCUCAUCUGCCAUGUGGAAUUAUGAUAAACACCUACAAAAGCUUAUUGAGGCCCAUCACUAAUCUCGAUGAACAACUUUUGGAACAAACGCAAAAAGAUCCGACCACAUUGAAAUCAAAUAACCUGAAACUCACAUCAAGCGAAACUCUUAUGAAAAUAAUUGAAAUUUUUACACAAAGACCAAAAUACGUCAGAGAUAUCGCUCAGAAGUUUGUAAAAGAGAUUCUUCAAAAUUCCGAAUACAUUGCUUUUCAUUGGAGAUACAACAAAGAGUGGAAAUUUUCGUACUGCAAUCCAGAUCGAACAAGACUACAAUUUUGCCGAAAACUGGAACGGAUGGAAUCUUCCGAUCUCGCAUCAGCUACUCUUCUCCUAACCAAAGACUACAUAGAAAAUAUGCAUCCCAAUUUCUACAAGUCCAAAUGUCUGAAAAGUGUUGUUGUUAACGUUUACUUAGCAUUUGCUACCGAUGACCAUGUAAUAGUGAGUGCACUUGUCAAACAGCAAUCAUUGGACAAAAGCUUUCAAAACGAUUUCCUGAACAAAUUAUUCUUGGAAAAAAAUAAAAGCAAAUUGGCACGCUUUAAAGACGAUAAAUGCUGGAGAAUAAGAGUUUUUAACAAAGUCGACUUGAUGCAAUUUUUGGUAGAAAAUUAUCCAAAAAGAAAAUGCUCAGUGAUAUGGAGGGACACUCAUGAGUUGAUCUCUUUAAUUGAAAACGAGCUUUGUCGCAAAAGCACUGUUUUUGCGUAUUCACCAUCGUCGUCAUGGUCAGGAGUUGCCUUGCAAACUCGUUGGAAUGAAAGUAAACAUUCUAAUAUUGCUAUUUGGAAGGUUUUAGACGAAUUACAGAAAUAAGGAUGUGUUUCCAAUUGCUAUUUGCAUUG